CUGAUAAAUGUUAAAUUGGACGUAGCUCCAUUUUGUGAUUUGAGAUGUGAGCACUAUUUUUUUUCUUUCACCUUUAUGUUGGUUAUCGUGUUAUUUCUAUCACGCAGUACAAGACGACCAUUUAUGACUAACUCUAGUGGAUACAAUCCUUUAACAACUGUUCCUGACAACUAAAAACAACAAUGUUCGCCAGAAACCUGAAGUCGCCAUUUUCAGCAGCUAUAGAGGGUGGAAUCCUUUAACGACAAUACUUUAACUAUUAAAAUAUCAUACAUGUAGCUAUAAGUUUUCAACCAUGAUGAACUGGAAACUCAAAGGUACACCUGAAGUUGCUUAUUUAAGUGCAAGAACACCGCAAUUAGAAAACAUGGGCCUAAACCAGUAAGUUGUUGGGCUGAAAGUUAUAGUCUAGACUAGAAGGGAAAUUUCGUCUAACAGAGAACAUACAAAAGCACAAUUGCCUAAACCCAGAACGAACCCUAAAUAAUAAAACCCUUGUACUUCCUUUACUCCCUCCCCGAAGAGAGAACAGUAAACUAUCAACUCAAUUCCGCUGGUUAAACAAAAAUGUCUCUAGUAGCAAAUGAAGAUUUUCAGCACAUAUUGCGUGUGUUGAACACAAACGUUGAUGGAAAACAAAAGAUAAUGUUUGCAAUGACAUCGAUCAAAGGUAUCGGUAGACGAUUUGCUAACAUUGUCUGUAAGAAAGCCGAUGUCGACAUGAACAAGAGGGCUGGUGAAUUAUCUGCUGCUGAGCUAGAGAAUCUCAUGACAAUUGUUGCUAAUCCACGCCAGUUCAAAAUCCCAGACUGGUUUUUGAAUAGGAAGAAGGAUUACAAGGAUGGAAGAUAUUCUCAGGUGGUGUCUAAUGCUUUGGAUAUGAAACUCAGGGAUGAUUUAGAGCGCUUGAAAAAGAUCAGGAACCAUCGUGGUUUGAGGCACUAUUGGGGUCUUCGUGUGCGUGGUCAGCAUACCAAGACAACUGGUCGCCGAGGAAAGACUGUUGGUGUCUCCAAGAAACGUUGAGUUCGUUUUUUUUUCCUUUUCUUUUUGAACUAAAAAUCCAAGGGUAUUGUUCUUUUUUGUUCUGGGGCCGAAGAUCUUUUGGUAGGUUCAUGCUAUUUUGUUUUGGUUGGCAUCAACCGAACCUUUUCUAAAUAGUGCCCUGUAACUGUUAGUUUGUUUGGAUGAUAGAUAGUGUCAUAUAUAACGAAACUUCAUUCCUUUUACUGAAGGCUAUUAGUUCUAUUUCUGAUA